GGAACCGAUCCUGGAACCGAUCCUGGUACCGACGCUGGACCCGACGCCAGAAUCGACGCCGGAUCCGACGCCGGAACCGACGUUGGAAGCGGGACCAUCUUUCAAGCUUCCUUCGGAGGAACGGCUCGCAAUAAGAACAGAGCCAUGUCCCUCAGAAGCCUUCAAAGGCGUGUCUCUCAUCCUUGCCAUGGAAUUGAAAGUCGUCAUGCUGCGAAACACGAAAAACGUCCGUCGCAGAAGCUGGAAACAUCAUGGCCGUUUUCAUUGGAGGGCGAAGGUGGUGGUGGAGGUGGCGGUGGCGGUGGAGUCGGUGGCCGUUCCGUGAGUAGCACUACCGGUGGUGGUGGUGGUGGUGGUGUUGGUGGUGGCGGAGGAGGAGGAGGAGGAGGAGGCGGUGGUGGUGGUGGCGGAGGAGGUGGCGGCGGAGGCAGUGUCGGCGGCCGACGUGCACCGAGUCUACGAUUGGUAAAUGGAAGAGCUACCACCGGGAUCAGUUUACACACCAGUAGCACAGAAUCCGUACGUUCGCCUCAUCACCACCUCGGUCAGCAGCAGACCGCCAAUAACAACAACAACAACAACAACAACAACAACAACAACAACAAUAACAAUAACAAUAACAACAACAACAACCACAAUAACAACAACAACUGCCACGCCGGUAACAACCCCGCCGCGAACAAUCAUCCGAGACUCAACAAAGAUGACAGCAUCAAGAUUAGCAUCGAGAACACCAACACCUGUACAGACAGUCUCGUCACCGCUUUAGACGACGAGGCAUUGCUAAUCACUGACUUCUUGGGCGAUACAGGCAACGAGAUGAAUUACAAAGGCAGCGGUAAAGUCCACUUCGGAGUGGACGAUGUGUCCCUCUAUGGGACGCCGAAAGAGGAACCGGGCCCGGGUCUCCCGGGCCAGGAGGUUAAACAGAGCUUCCUUAAGAAUCAACUUCAAGCCCUCUUUCAGCCGACGGAUAACAAGCUUGCGAUGAAACUCUUCGGCAGCAAGAAGGCACUUAUGAAGGAAAGGAUCAGGCAAAAGGCGGCGGGUCACUGGGUCAUCCAUCCUUGCUCCAGUUUUCGAUUUUACUGGGACCUCUGCAUGCUCCUCCUUCUGGUUGCUAAUUUGAUAAUUCUGCCAGUUGCCAUUAGUUUUUUCAAUGACGACCUAAGCACUAGGUGGAUAGCCUUCAACUGCCUUUCCGACACUAUAUUCCUCAUAGACAUCGUCGUAAACUUUAGGACCGGUAUAAUGCAGCAAGAUAACGCCGAACAAGUGAUAUUGGAUCCCAAGUUAAUCGCAAAACACUACCUCAGGACUUGGUUCUUUCUCGACCUCAUCUCAUCCAUACCGCUAGACUAUAUUUUCCUCAUAUUUAAUCAAUUUCAGGACUUCAGUGAGUCCUUCCAGAUCCUGCAUGCUGGACGUGCUCUCAGGAUCCUCAGGCUUGCAAAACUGUUAUCACUCGUUAGGUUACUACGCUUGUCAAGACUGGUGCGGUAUGUCUCACAAUGGGAAGAGGUCUAUAUCCCCCUUUAUCAACAGCCGGAGAGGCACUACGAGCGUCGGGCGACACCGCCCCAACCAGACCGAACCAGCAAGAUAUUGCAGAACCUACAAAAAAAACGCACUGAGCGGAGGGGGCGCCUAAGUUCUGACAAUAUGAGUAAAAAGAAGUCCGGUUUCAGCAAAAGCGACCUUAUUUUUAAGUUCCUGAAUAUGGCGUCGGUGUUUAUGCGGAUUUUUAACCUGAUCUGCAUGAUGCUACUGAUCGGCCACUGGAGUGGCUGUUUGCAAUUUCUGGUACCCAUGCUUCAAGGAUUUCCCAGUAAUUCGUGGGUCGCCAUUAACGAAUUGCAAGACUCGUUUUGGCUCGAGCAAUAUUCCUGGGCCCUCUUCAAAGCGAUGUCGCAUAUGUUGUGCAUAGGUUACGGCAGAUUCCCUCCGCAAUCGUUAACGGACAUGUGGCUUACGAUGCUCAGUAUGAUCAGCGGUGCUACUUGUUACGCGCUAUUCCUGGGACACGCGACGAAUCUCAUUCAGUCUCUCGAUUCAUCGAGAAGACAAUACCGCGAAAAGGUGAAACAAGUGGAAGAAUAUAUGGCCUAUCGCAAACUACCGCGGGAAAUGAGACAGAGAAUAACCGAAUACUUCGAGCACCGAUACCAAGGGAAAUUUUUCGACGAGGAAUUAAUACUUGGCGAACUGUCGGAGAAGCUAAGAGAAGAUGUAAUAAACUACAACUGCAGAUCGCUCGUCGCCUCCGUGCCAUUUUUUGCAAACGCCGAUUCGAACUUCGUCUCGGAUGUGGUCACCAAAUUGAGAUACGAGGUCUUCCAACCAGGUGACAUCAUUAUAAAGGAAGGUACCAUCGGCUCGAAAAUGUACUUCAUACAGGAGGGCAUUGUCGAUAUAGUUAUGGCGAAUGGCGAAGUGGCGACUUCCUUGUCGGACGGUUCUUACUUUGGCGAAAUUUGUUUGCUGACGAACGCAAGGAGAGUGGCCUCGGUCAGGGCGGAAACCUAUUGCAAUCUCUUCAGCCUCUCGGUGGAUCAUUUCAACGCCGUAUUGGAUCAGUAUCCACUUAUGCGUAGAACCAUGGAGAGCGUUGCCGCCGAGAGGUAUAAACUUUGGUUAAACAAAAUCGGUAAGAAUCCUAACUUGGUCGCGCACCGGGAGGAGGAUCUUGGCAGCGAAUCAAAAACGAUAAACGCGGUGGUGAACGCGCUCGCUGAACAGGCGGCGCAUGCCAGUGCCAGCGAAGAAUCGGUGCAUAGCAUGGAACUUCGAACGAUGCCAACGUGUCUCCUACCGAGGCCAAAGUCCGAGAACAAUUUUGCGAGUCAAGAACUUACGAGAGAGGGACGUAGGAUCUUCCACAAGAGCGAUACUUUCCACAAGGAUUCGUAUCAAUGACGACACUCGUUAUACUAGCACACGGAGAGAUAUUAAUGGCUCCUCGCUAGACACUGGGUCUUUUUCCUGCGCUAUUCAAAGACAAUAUCAGUUUAUGUGCCGAUGACUGGACGAUAUCUCUUUACGAUUAGGUGAAAACGGUCUACUACACGUAGUGAUACGCCAUGCCAAUAGUCAUUUUAGCGAUCGGUUUAUAGCGCCUUCUUCUAUUUUAUUCUUUCGUCCAGAAUUUGUCCAUAAAACUGUCAAAGAGGAGAUAGACCCAAAACUCCAACAGCAACAUCGACCGCCUUUCCGUCAUUUUAGACUCGUCGACUUCUUCUGUGACUUUGUCUCCGUCGUUGCCCUAAUCGCAGCGACGCGCGCCUAUGCACAUUUCUCUCUCUCUCUGUAUAUAUAUAUAUAUAUAUAUAUAUAUAUAUAUAUAUAUAUAUAUAUACACACAUACACAUAUAUAUACACAUAUAGUAUAUUCUAUUAUUUUACUUUGUGAUCUUUCAUUAUUUCUUACCUUAUCAAAGGACCCUAUUGCAAUAACGUAGAUAUGACUAGAAGAGAAUAAAACUAAUUUUUGAAAUUUCAAAAGAAGAAAAGAGAAUAUGAAAUGCGACACGUUUACGAUAGCGACGUCGAGAUUAAAAGUUAACGAUCAAAGGUGCGUUUAAAUUUUCCUAUCAUACUUGUAAAAAUUCACGAAUAGAGCUGUAAAUAUAUUUACUGUGCGAAAUGAUAAACGUACUUUUGACGCACGAUAUGAUCAACGUUCAAAGAAAUUCGAAAAGUACAUUCAUUCUUUUGCAGUUUCCAAUUUAGGCCACUUGUCAUUAUAGAGUCCAGCGCGACAGGACUUAACGAUAAUAUAUAUAUAUAUUUAUGAUUGAUUUAGAUAUAUUUUCUCUCGUAAGCUUUUCUGAUUUGAAAAAGUCGUUCGCGAGGGUGAAAUUAUCGGAGACAAAAUGUUCGAUUGGCUUGGAAAAGAUAAUAGAACGAGGCUACUUUCUAAGCUGACCAUCACCAAGUCUACGAAUUCACAGAAGAAGUAGGACUAUUGAUUUGCGAGUUGUAUGCCGUUUGGAGAACGUGGAGCCGAGUCUGUGCCGCGAGCUUCUUCAUCGAUAUCAUCUAUUGGCAUCUUUACAAACGUGCGCCCCUAUAGCGCUACGCGACGACCCGACAAAGGAUGAAGAUCUCGUUAGACGAAAACAGCAGGCCUAGAAGUUUGUAGAAAAUAUAUUAUAGUCCAUUGUGAAAGUAGGUAUUAUCCUGGUAAAAAUAGUAUAACGACGCGUAAUUCUCUGUGAUUUUGUAAUUUGCCGUUUCGCACUUUAGGAGAGAAAGAGUGUAAACGAACAAUAUUAGAAUUCACUAUUUCUUAAGGCAAGAGAUAACAUAAAAUUAAUAAACAAACAAACAAACAAACAAACAAACAAACAAACUAACAGAAAAAAAAACAAAAAAAAAAAAAAUAAAACACAAGAGAAUAAUUAAUACUCGUGAUACGAGAAAUACUAUCGAUAAGUUUGCGAACGUGUUUUAUCCUUAAGGGCUUAAGUCGCACGUCCACAUCGAAGUGACAUUGUCGGGAAACGUCAAUCUGGAAAAACAGGAUCAAUUGCCGAACGGUAUAUUUCUAACAAUAAGGAGAAAAAAGAAGAAGAAGAAUUUCAAAUAAGACGUCCACGCAAAGAUAACGACAUUUCUGGUCAAAAAAGAAAAAGAAAAAGAAAAAAAAAAAGAAGAAGAGUUAAACAACACCAAACGUCCACAUUGAACCAACAACAAGUUAGUUGCCUUCGAAAGAUGUCUCCUUUGAAUUUAUCGAGACGCCGUUUUUCCUUCGCUUACUUGCGUUUCUCUAUGCUCCGUCUGAGAGUGCCUCACUAACGAUGUUCUUAUUCCUAUUUUUCUUCUAUUCUUAUUUUAGGUACUAAAGAUAUUGCAAAAAAAAAAAACAAUAAAAAUAAAACAAAAAUGAAGAAAAAAAGAAAAAAAGACAAAAAAAACCACGAUGAUGUCGCGCCUAGUGGCGUUUAUACCAAUCAAAGAUCCGAUGACAAAAUAUUGUGAACGUCAAUUAAUCUCGAGUCUUUAACGAAACUCUAUCGUCAAGACGUAUCUAAAUACCUAUGCGCGAUAUUUAGAACAAGUAAGUUUAGUCAGUCCAAAUACGCGGGAACGUGUGUAAAUAUAUAAAAAAAAAUUAUAAUUAAUACGACGAGCAAUUCACACCACCGUGUGCAGAGGGGUUCUACUUUUUUCUUUUUUCUUUCUUUUUUUUUUUUUUUCUCUUUUUCUUUGUUUCAUUCAACGAUUUCGCCUAAUCUCAUAUAGUCUUUGACCUUUGUCAUUCGUCAUUAGGCGUACGAAUUAACAGGAGUAAUAUUAACGAGCGAACACGUAUAUACAUAUACACACACACGCGCACGUACACACAGACGCACACACGAACAUUCCUUAAAUAAGAGUACAUCUUUCUUUCUUUCUUUCUUUCUUUCUUUCUUUCUUUCUUUCUUUCUUUCUUUCUUUCUUUCUUUCUUUCCCUCUCGUUAGUAACGUUGUCAAGGAGACAGCGUAUUAACAGCGUAUCUUGAAACGUAUUUCCAACGACGUGACUUCGGUAUGGACGCGGCAUUAGCUUCGUACUUUGAUAGGACCCCGCGUAAAACGAUAAGACGAAUGCCAUGCAAUACUCUAAGAACAUAAGGAAUAGGUUGGAACUUAAACAUUCCAAAGAAGCUUACUAAUUACGGCGGGACUUUUUUCUAAUUUCGAGACCGAUAAGAAGCCUUACGUUCGGAGCUUGCUUACUUAGCAUGAUUCCUCGGAUCUCCCCCUUUAUCCCUAGUCCCCUAUCCCCUUACGUCACUUUUCCCCAUCCCACGCUUUCCUGUCUUAGGUCGCUUCGACAAUUUAGUGGUAUCGCUAGAUAACGCCGGGUUGUGAAUUCGAAUCGUUUAAAAAGAAAAUGAUUAAAAAAAAAAAAUUAUUGGAAAAUUCGGGAGACCGUCCUGUAGUGAGAGGCGUUUAACGCGGAGUAUCGUGAUUAUAUCCGUGGACGCAUUGAAAUGCGAGAUAUACGAGUUUAAGGAGAAAUUAAAGAGAGAGAGAGAGAGAGAGAGAGAGAGAAAAGGGAAAAGGAGAAAAAAAAAAGAAAAAGUUAAAAAAAAGAAAACAUUAUGGAUGAGCUGGUUCUACAAAGCAAGAAGAAGAAGAAGAAGAAGAAGGAGAAGAAGAAGAAGGAGCAGAAGAAGAAGAAGAAGAAAAGUAAUAAAAUAAUUAAUAAAAAAAAAAAAAAAAAAAAAAGCUAUCAAGUGCCCAAAGACCGUGUUAACUUGUUGAGAGUCCUUUGGGUCACCGCGGCUACAAUAUUGAUGAAUGAAAUAUUAAGUGAUACGCGAGAGAAGUAUCUUUUUACGUGGUGAAUAAACGCGAUGUACUAUAAAAAGAAAAAAAGAAAAGAAAAAAAAAGGAAAAAAAAAAAGAGAAGAAGAAGAAGAACUAUAAAUAAUAUGUAAUAAAUUAUUAUUAUUGUUACAGCUACUAUUGCAAUGAUUACUACAUCACAUACCGCAUAAAUAGGCAAUUACCGAGACAUUAAGAGAGAAGAAAUAUUGUACAUAUAUACAUAUAUGAAUGAUUAUAUACGUACGUGCGUACUUACAUGCAUACGUAUACGAACACCCAUAUAUACGUAUAUGUAUUAUACAAAAAAUAUAUUAUAAAUAAUACAAAAUAGUAAUCAGACACGCAAACGGACAUAAAUACACACAACAUACGCACACAUUACCAUGUUGCAGUGUAUAUCGAAUGGGAAAAUUUCUUUAGGUAUUAAAAAGAGAAAGAAUAAAAAGCGAGAUCAAACGUUAAGCAUAACAAUAUUGUACGAUGUACAUCCUAAUUUUGCUUCGAAACGAGCACACACACACACACACACAUACAACACAACAAACAAUUUUCCUUUGGCAUCCACCCACUCUCUCACAGAGAUUCGUUUAUUUCUAUGUCGUAUCUUUCUCCUUCUCUUCUCUCCCUCCCUCCCUCCCUUCCUCCCUCUCUCCUUCUCUUUCUGUCACACACACUCUCUCUCUCUUUUACUCCUUCUCUUUCCUUUCCUCUUCUUUAUUCUUCUUUAAGAUGCGACAAAGAAAACGAUUCUAUACUAAUCUAAAUAUUUUCCGAUAAUCUUAACGCGUUUCUUCUCGCAUAAGUUAACAGAAGGAAAAAAAAAAAAAAGGAAGAAAAUUAAUAAAAAUAUGCAGCAUUUAGCGCUGCCUUAAAAAAUAUAUAAUUUCAAUACUCAAUGAUAGACGGAGGAGAGACAAUUAUUAGUUAUCUAAAUAUUCGCAAUAAAUCGAUUUUAGUGAUAUAUAACGGAGCCUUGAUUAAAAAAAAAAAAAGAAAAAAAGAAAAAAAAAAAGAAAAAAAAAUUGCUUUUUUUGCGAUGGAUCGUCGUUCUCUCUCUUAAGUACGUACGUCGUCGUAGUAGUUCUUAUUGCGCACAUAUACGUACACGUACACACGCGCACACACACACACACACACACACACACACACAUCUAUCCGACACUACGUUCAAAUAUAAAAUAGUCACUUUAUGCCGCCAAUUCGUUCGUUUUCGUUAUUCUUUUAACUUCACAUCUUCGAGUUUGUUGAUAGAAAGAAAGAAAAAAGCGGGUUGAUCUUUUUUCCUAGCUGAUGAUGGCGCGAACAAAAUUUAUGCACUAAUUAAUAUUCAUAUAUAUACAUACUACGUGUAUGUAGGUAUAUGUAUAUUAUGGGAUUCAAUAGAGUUACACGCAGCGUGCACAUACAUAUAUAUAUAUAUAUAUAUAUAUAUUUAUGUAUAUGUAGGUAUAUACAUACAUAUGUAUACACAUAUAUAUAUACAUAUAUAUAUAUAUAUAUAAAAAUUACAUAUUGUAAACAUAUAUACAUACAUCUACACACACGCGUGCGAGGAAAACAAAUGUACCUAUUUUUCAUGUACAAGAGAGAUAGUUUUUUGUCGCUGUUUUACAUCCUCACGCGUUCAUUCCGAACAUGUAGUUACGAUUGUGAUGUAGAGAAAAAAUGAGAAAAAGAAAAAAAAAAAAGAAAAAGAAAUGAGUGCGUUAACGAGCGGAGAAAAAGAUCUUCCGGCAGAAUAAAUCUCGGUUUGCGAUAUCGAUAAUUUUGUAAAUCGGACCGCAUGCAGUUUAGGACUAACCUGCUGCCAAUGUUCUAGACCUAUCAAGUAUGCAUUACCGUGCGUGUAUGCGCGUCUGUACAUGUGUAAGUAUGUCCGAUACAUAAAUAUAUACGUACCUAAAGACGUAUAGAUACGUAUGCCGUGUAUGUGCAUGCGUAUGCAUACGUCUUUACGCGUACGCACAUGUAUAUGUAUGUAUGUAUGUAUGAUGUAUGUAUGUAUGCAUGUAAGUAUGUAUGUAUGUAUGUAUGUAUGUACGUACGUAUGCAUGUAUGUAUGUAUGUAUGUACGUAUGCAUGCAUGUAUGUAUGUAUGUAUGUAUGUAUGUAUGUAUGUAUGUAUGUAUGUAUGUAUAUUAUUGUUGUUACUUCGAGAUGAGAGUGAAAAGAAACGAAAAGAUUAUAUACAAAGUUGUACUCUUACUAUCACUGCUAACUGAUAGGUACUAUUAGCCAUUUUACUAACGUUAAAAUACUGAUGCUGCUGCGACAAAGAAAAUGAUAUAAUGAUAUUAGUUCUAUACACGUUAUACACACUUAUACGCGCGCGCGUCAUACACAGGGUCCGCCCAAGUUUUCGUGGCGUCUUUGCGUUCGCGAAAGAAAAGAGUUAAUACUUGAAAGGGCCGAAGGAUGGUGUCGAGAGAACUGCCUUUGACGAUGCUGAUUUUCAACUGACAACGAAAAAAAAGAAAGAACUGUGUAAUAAAUAGCGAAACCGAAGAAGAGAUCCGACUCUGUGUAAAAUCGUGCGACAACGAAAGCCGAAACUAAAUUUGCCCAGACCUCCCCGCCCCCUUGAGCCCCCCCCCAAUACCGCCCCUAGUCCGUUGUAAUAAAAAGAAAAAAAGAAAAAAAAGAGAGAAAAAAAAACAGACAAACAAGCAAACAAACAAAGAAACAAACAAAUCUUUUCUUGCGACCGUUCACUAUCCUUCGAUGUAAAUGGAUCAAACUAUUGAAAAAUGUUCUUCGCAAAUGAAAUAUCACGCACACACUUACUUACUUACUUACUUACUUACUUACUUACUUACUUAAUUUCUGUUCUAAAACAUAAUCGAUUCCGAUAAUCGCUUUACGUUUUCGCAUUACCCGCGAUAACUUCGGCGCACCCUGCUAGCGCAGCACGACGCAUACACCAAGAGUAUACAAAGAAGAGCAAAAAAUAUUAUAGCGUUAAAAUGAUAAUUAUCGUACAGCUAUUAAAGCAAAAUGAUGCGAUCCUUUUACGUAACUGCUAAGAUACAAGAGUGAGACGUUAAUUAAAGACAUAAUAUACAAAAAUAGUUUUUGUAUAACGAAACGAUAGCUCGCAAAAUAGUGAAACGUCGAAUUGAACGUAAAGGAGAGAAAAAGAAGAAAGGAAGAAAAAAAUAAAAAAUAAAAGGAAAUAAAAUAAAAUAAAAUAAUAUAAAAUAAAACGAAAAACGUAAUAAAAUGUCCGAUCCGGAAAUCGGAAGUGGUGAAAAACAGUGUGCUUAUGAGGAUGAGAACAAAACCAAAAAAAAAAAAAAAAAGUACAUAUAUAUAUAUAGGUAUAUAAAAAAAAAAAUAAUAAUAAUAAUAAAAGAAAUAAACAGUCGUUUGCGAAUUGCGAGACUAUAGACACACGAAGCAAAACAUCGUCCGAUGUUUAUGUAAAAGUUCCAUAGUAUCAAUAGUUACUAUUCUACGUGAAAGGAAAAAGAAAAGAAAAGAAAAAAAAAAAGAAAAAAAAAAGAAAAAGAAAAA